AUGUUGAACGAUGAUGAAACCCUACGUUUAUUGUUUAUUAUUUUUUAUCGGAGUGACGCUAAACCCUUGAAGUUUAAAGUUGUUGAUAAUCCGUUUGAAACAAAAUCAUCAAUAUGGGUUACAUUCGGCUUCUUGGCUGAAACAGAUGAAAAUGGUGAGUUUCAUGCAAGAUGGCUAGCUGCAAGAAGUGUUAUCACAUACGUUUUGAAAGACAGUUCAACUAAUGGUUUGAAUUAUCAGAAAUGUCCGCUUGCAUUGGUCAGACAAGGUUGA